AUGGAUCGCCCGGAGCCUGGCCUCGUCAAAUGGUCGCCGAGCUCCUCUUUGGAUAGCUUUGUACACAUCAACCUGCAGCACAGGGUUGUUCAGUUAUACGAACCCACGGGUCACGCGCGCAAUGGGCGCUUCGACUACGACAAGCUCACCCGACACGAUGACUUCCCUCCACUUACGACGUACGACUGGUCUCCCACAAACCCUGGUCUGCUCGCUGUCGGAACAGGCACAGGCCUCGUCAACCUUCUCCGCAUUGACGAUGGCUCCAAUGCCUACCUCGAGCUCGGCCUAAAGACCACGCGGACCUGUCAGGCUGUGGCCUUCAACACCACAGGUCUCCUCGCCGUGGGUCUUGACCGCGUUCGGGUAGACUCUAGUCUGCACAUCUGGGACGUCAAUCGUCUUUCUUCGCUGGCUAAGAAACAGACGAGAGGGUUGCCAAAAGAUGUCCCUGGCCUGUCAGAACCGAGGGACCGGGUCGAGCAUAGUGUUUCCGUCUCGAGCAUCAAGUUCUUUGAGGAUAGUCCCCAGACACUGGUGGCUGGGAUCAAGGCCCAAGGCCUGCGUCUGCAUGAUCUCAGGGUUGCUCAGCAUUCAUACGUUCAGGCUACGGAGGAAGACGGACUGCCAUGGGGCGGCGCGCUCAGGCUCGACAAAGUGAUCGACGCCGACUUUGACCCGUUCUCCUCCGAAGGCAAAUACUCCAUGGUCAGGUCGUUACGAUACUGCCGCGACCAUCGCGGUCUACUAGCCGUGCUCUCCCGAACGGGACAGUUGCGCAUACUGGACACCAAGAGAGAGAGGGAUUCAUCGAGCGCAGGAGUGUCCGAGAACCCGGAACUACUGCAGGUGGGACGGUCACACGAGAUGGACCCCUUGUAUGCCGAGUCGUCCAGAAGGAACAACAGCAUCGUGUCGUUCGACUGGGUGACGCUCGGCUCGCCGGUCCUACGACCCCGGAUGCUGGUGCUCCGGGCCAACGGAAACUUUGAAAUCGUGGAACAACCCUCGCAAACGGCAGAUCAUGUCUACAAGAUGGUGCCAUGGAGCGCGCCCCAUCGUGGCCUCGAAGCGGGAACGCCCUAUAUGGACAUGAUGCACUUUGAGCCAUCGCAGGCCCCUAGCAUGAUGGGCCCUCUCUUGAUAGAGAAAACACUGGCCAACGUACCCAUAUUUGGGCCAGAGGAGGCCGACAUCGAGGCGACAAUCGAGCACACCUUGCGUCCGGGUGCCUGUGCCACUGUCGGCGCUGACCUCGUCAACGGGAUCCAGGAUAAGCUACCCGACUCGUUCUGCGCGGCGGAGACCGUGUCGGGCAAGUUGCGUGCCCUUCGCGCGUUUGUACGCGAGAAAUUCGGUGACGACGAGAACCUGGCCAAUCUACAGCCGCAGCUGGGAAACCUCAACAUUGCUAAAAGCAAUGAGAGCGGAAUUUCUAUGGCGACAGGCGCCGUGGGGUCGUGUCGGGAGUUCCACGAAGCCCUUCUCAGGACACUGAACCACGCGCCCGGCUUGCCACGAGAAGCACAGUCCGUCAUCGAUCACAGCAUGGUCCUACGCGCCAAGGAGCGGUAUCUAUUCGACGCGGCAGCCAAUCAUCAUGUCGUCAAUGACGACCCGUGGGUGAAAUUUGCCUGGGACUGGAUUGCCGACGCUGAACAUGCCGCUGACGAUGGCGGCAUGCUCAUCUCCACCAUGGACCUUAGCUACCUGGGCAUCGCUUCCGUCUGGACCAACGACCUUGGCCGCAAUCCAACUUCACGCUUGACUGGAGGCGCACCCUCGGUCCCGGAACCUUCCCACUGGGAACGUGCCCUCGGCGUCUACUGCAACAAGAAGCGGCAUCUGCCCAAGUUUGACGGUGUCACGACAAAGCGCCCUCACCACAGACAACUGUGUCUUGAGAUCUGCGGAUGGGGAGAUUUGCAACGUCACGAUCCCACCGCCGAUGUCGACCCAGAAUACCCAGCGACGAUCCAUACCAUGGCCGCGUCGAGAGCCUUGUUCAGGGGCGACACACCCCAAGCGGUCCAGAUUCUCAAGCGGGCGAGCAAGGCACACCCAGCGCUCCUCUUCGUGUCCCUUGCCCUCCAGCUCAUGGGCCGCGGCGACAAGCGUCUUGCCAAAGAACAGCUGGACUUUGACCCGACAGUGGCCUCCAACACGGACCCAUACCUGCAGGCCAUGUCCUCCCUCAUCGCCACGGGCGACUGGACGUCCAUCGCCAACCAGCUCUCUCUCCCCCUAUCCGACAGGGCCUUUGUCGCCGUACGCAACUUCCCAGACGACCAGCUGACGGCCUGGCUCCACGAGCAGGUGGCGCGCGCCGUGCACGAGGGCGACGUCGAAGGCAUCGUCCUCACCGGCAUCACGGACGCCACGGUCGACAUCUUCGCCCGCUACAUCCAGAAAUUUGGCGACGUGCAGACCGCCACGCUCGUUCUAUCGAUAGGCUACCCAAAGUACAUUGACGACAUCCGCUGCCGGGCCUGGCGGCGCGCGUACAGGGAACACCUCCAGCGCCACAAGCUCUUCCAUCACCGCACAAAGUUCGAGGUCGAGUCGACCAAGCGCUCCAAGCGCGAGGGCGUCCCGACGCUGAAGCCGCCGUCGCGACAGAUCGCCCUGCGCUGCGUGUACUGCGACGCCGAGACGUCCCUGGCGAAUCAUCACCACCAUUCUCACCAUCACCAGCGCACGUCCUCCGGCGGCGAGGCGCGCAACCCCAUGCUGACCACGAGCAUCAACGCGGGCGUCAGCUGUCCCAACUGCGGACGUCACCUGCCGCGCUGCAUCGUGUGUCUGGAGGUCGUCGGCGUGCCGCGCAGCGAUCGUCCCGAGGAGCACCCCGACACCAAGAUGGCCGGCCGCUUCCCUACAUUCUGCCUGCGCUGCGACCACGUCCUGCACUUGGAUCACGCACGGCAAUGGUUCGCGCGGCAUACGGAGUGUCCGGUUCCCGAGUGUCGCUGCCGCUGCAACUUUAGGGCCAAUCCGGAACUAAGCUAUCAUUAG